UGUGAAGAAAUGAAUAAUGUGAGCACUGGGGGUGACAGUGGGAUUACUCAGUGGCGAGUGAACAUCCAGGAGAACCCAGAGCGGAGGAAGCCACCGUUCCAUCAGCUUUGGUCCACUCCACCUCGGAGGGCAGAGCUCUGACCACAUACACUGCGAGCAGCAGAAUCGGGAUGAACAUCGAGGUUGGGAACAUUUCCUACACGGGAGCCAUCAUCUCCUGGUCGUCCUCAGAGCCCUGCCUGGAGGACUAUUACCAUAUUAUGUACAGGCCCAACUGGAACAGCAUCUUCUCUGGCUAUCUUCGCUACAGCUUCCACCACGAGGAGAAGGUGCCUCGAACCGUCAGCUCUGUGGUGCUGGAGCACCUCGCCCCGUCCACGCUCUACUUCCUCUGCAUCAGCUGCAAGAAGGCUGCCUUCCCCUACAGGCACUACUGCACCAUGUUCCACACACUGGAUAAGAGCCCACUGGCGGCCGGAAGCUCCCUGGUAGACCCCCAAAUCUCUCUCUGGGUGCUGCUGGCCAUCCUGCUGGCCUGCUUCACAGCUGUCUUGGCCUUUAUCUGCCUGCAGUUCUGGUGCAUACGUUGUCAUGAGCCUCGAUGGUCUUACAGAGCUGGCCAUAUGGAGGAAGCUAAUGGGUUGGUGCGGUGGCCUGAGGAGGUGCUAGCUCUUGGUCAGAGAGAAGAAGAUCUGCAGGGGCUCCCCCUGGUGGAGAUGCCACGCAAGGACUCUGGGGCUGUGGCUGAACUGGAAGCUGAAGCCCAGCAGAAUGCGCCAGAUGGGGGCGCCCUACCUAGGGUGGGUGGCCAGCAACCUGCCAUACUGCCUCUCUGCAGGGAGAAGAGAGGAGACAGCCCCCAUCAUGCACCCUAAAGCCCCCUGCACCUAACAACUUCUGUAAAAAUAUACAGGCUACCCACUUUUCUCCCCUCAAGUGUCAGUGCUACUGUGGACCCCUGAUGUUGGAUGUAAAUCCCACCAUGUAGCUUCUCACUCUAGAAAGCAUGGCUUUCCCAGGGCUGCCACGGGACAUGCAUGGCUUCGCUUCACCAGUGUCCAUUUUGGGGGCCCAGUUAAGAAUUUCCAGGCAUUGUUCUAACACUCAAUCAAGUAUGGACCUAUUAUGGAGUAGAAAGUAAAGUUUGCAUGACUUAAAUAAAGCAUAGUACUGGAAGGAAAUGUGUGGGCCGUAGAUUUGGAAUAAAGGAUCAGCCUCUUCGUGA